AUGCCGACUGCUCCGGGCAACGCCUCGGCCGCGCCGUCUUCGGUGCACGGCAUCUCUUACGACUACUACGGCCGGCGCGUGGCGACCUGCUCCUCCGACGGGAUGAUCUGCGUCUACGACGAGGCGGGCCACAAGACGGGCGAGUGGCGAGCGCACAACGGCAGCUGCUUCCGCGUGGUGUGGGCCCACCCGGAGUUUGGGCCGGUGCUCGCGAGCUGCUCCUUCGACCGCAAGGUGUGCGUGUGGGAGGAGGCCUCCGACGCCGAGGACCCGGCGCCGCACCCGCGUCCGGCGGGCGGCUGGCGGCUCGCAGCCGAGCUGCAGCAGGCGCGCGACUCGCUGCACGACGUCGCGUUCGCGCCGCACGUGCACGGGCUCUGGCUGGCGAGCUGCGGCGACGACCGCCUCGUCCGCGUGUACGAGGCGCCCGACGUGAUGCGCCUGAGCGAGUGGCUCGCCUCGGCCGAGUUUGAGGCGAGUGGAGAGACAAAGGCGCGCGCGGCAGAGGCGCCGGGGCAGCGCGGCGCGGCGCCGCAGUGCCUGGCGUGGAACCCGUCGCACGUCGAGCCGAUGGCGCUCGCGCUCGGCUUGGCGGACGGCUCCGCGCGCCUCCUCGUGCUCGAGCCUCGCUCCCCCGGCCGGCCCGGCCUCGCGCCCUACCCGCUCGCUCACUCGGACUGCGUGCGCGGCCUCUCCUGGGCGCCUGACGUCGGCCGGUCGCACCACCUCCUCGCCACCGCCUCGCGGGACCGCUCCGUCAAGCUGUGGAAGCUGCGAGUCGCCGCGGCCGAGCCGGAGGCGGCGAGGGACGGCGGCGCGGCCGGAGGCGCCUCCGAUCCGCGCUGGAGCGGCGAGUGCUCUGCCGAGCUCGCGCACGAGGGGCAGGUUUGGCGGGUGGAGUGGAACGCGUGCGGCUCGAUGCUCGCCGUCGCGGUCGACGAGGGGAGGGUGCACGUGUACAGCCGCGACGAGGCGGGGGACUGGCAGCGCGAGCCAGGCGCCGGCUGA